UUUAAAUUAUGCUGUUCAUGAAGCCUUGCAAUAAUCUUCGAAGAAGCUUGUGAGAGAUGGUGCCAGCGCCUCGUCCUCCUUCAUUUAUUCCACCUGGACAGCACAAUCAUUCUAAUGGGAAAGGACACAUUUACAAACCUCUAACUAAUAACAAUAAAUUCGAUAUAUUCCAGGCUGCUAAAUCGGGAAAUUUAAACGAAGCUAAAAGAAUAAUUGAGUCAGGAGGCAUUGGAGUCUUGGGUAGGCUUGAUGUCAGAGGGCACACCCCUGUGCACUGGGCAGCUCUGACAGGAUCUGCAGAACUUAUCCACUAUUUUAUAGACUGCAAGGGAGCUGUGAAUCUCCCCAGUGAAGAUGAACUGUCACAGAGACCCAUCCAUUGGGCAGCAGUGAAUGGGCACAUUGCAGUCAUUGACUUGUUGUUUGAGGCGGGGGUUUCACUAGAUGUAGCAGACCAGAGAGGAUGUACCCCUUUGAUUCUGGCUGCGCAAUAUGGACAUACAUCGCUUUGCUGUUACCUAAUGGGCAAAGGAGCUAAGCCAAACGUUUGUGACAGUGAAGGAGAUAAUGCUUUGCACUGGGCAGCAUUUAAAGGGCACUUUGAAUUAACUCGUCUGCUGAUCUAUACAGGUUUCAACCCACAACUGGCAGACAACGCUGGUCAGACUCCUCUGCAUCUGGCCGUUCUUAGCGGGGACCUCCUCACUGUGCAGCUGUUAUGUGAACAGGAUAGUGUUGAAUUAGAAGUCAAAGACAGAAAUGGGAACACUCCACUGAAGCUGUCCAGAGGUCGAAAGUAUGAAGAUGUAGUUUUGUAUUUAGAAAAUUCUAUUGCCCAAUCAAGACGACUUAGUAGAAAGUUUGACUGCAGUGCUCUGGUAUUUGGCCCACCUGGGAAGUCAAAAGGUCCAAUUCUUUUCUUUUAUAUCUGUUUAUUAAUGUGGGGGUAUCCUACUUAUGUUUUUAAGAUUGUUUCUGUCUCCUUUAACAAGCUAUGGGAGUUUCAUAUGGCCUUCCUGCUCGGCAAUGCAUUGAUGUGGUUUCUCUUCCUAAAAGCUUCCCUGAUGGAUCCAGGUUUUCUUCCCAGAGACAGCAAGGAAUAUGAUCAGGCCAUUAGACAGGCAGUCUACUUUGAUGAAUGGAAACAGGGAAAAAACUCCUUACACAGACUUUGCCAUACGUGCCAUCUAGUAAAACCCCUUCGAACCAAACACUGCCGCGUCACAAACCGCUGUGUUGAACAUUUUGAUCACUACUGCCCAUAUAUCUAUAAUGAUGUGGGCCACAGAAACAGGAGUUACUUUUUAGGAUUCCUGGGUACCAUGAGCUUCAAUUGUUUGUUAGGAGUGUAUAUUUGCUUGGACUGGUUUCAUGUGAUGGGAAGGAGCAUUUUUGUUGGAAUUGGCUUCAUCUUUAUGGCUGUAAUCGGGGUUAUUUCUGGAAUAAUGACUUGCACCUGUCUUUACAUGGCAGCAAAGAACGCAACAACCAACGAACGCCUAAAGCAGCAGAAGCAUAGCUAUCUCAGAGAUGAAGCCGACCAAGUCAGCACCCUGUUUGACAGAGGGAUCCUGUUGAACCUGAUGGAGUUUUUCAAUCUCAUCAGACCUCUGCAAGACGAUGAACUGAAAACACUGCAUGAAUUAAGUAUAAUAUAAAAAAGACAAUCACUUCAGUAUUACUCAGUUUAGCAUAUGGUGGCUGACCGCACAAUUGCACAUGUGUGUUGAUCUCUGAUGAAUAAGUGAGAGGUUGUUCACUCAAACUUGUAUCAUAGAGAUCCACAUUGUUUGAUUGCUCUUAUACUAGCACAGCAGGGAUAGAUACAUGUAUUUUAUUUAAGGGUUUCCUGGAAUGUGGUGGACGGUUUUUAAGUUUUCAGAGAAAGGGUUUAUAGUCCAUUCCUCUACAAAUGAUGAGUCCAGAAUUUUUACAGAAUAGGCCUUGUUUUAUUAGAUGUUUUCUUACACAAUCCUCAUUAAAUUACAUUACUCCCAGAUUGUCAUGUACUGCAACAAGAUGUUUAAGUGUACAGUCUAAAAUGUGACAAACCCCCCCCCCCCCCAUCCCCCCUCAAACAUACAUCUAAUCUUAGUAUCUGGGUUAAUAACUAAUGUAACUGCUGUAUAACCAUGGCUAAAUUCCUUUGCAUGUACAGAGCAGCUGCCAUGGAGACUUGGGUAUAACCCUGAAUGAAGAUGUCUGGGAGCUGUCUAAUGUACAGAAGCAGUAAACGUAUGGGUAGUUGUUGAAUGUCAGGGUCUCGAAUUGAGUCAAAUUUGAAACAGAAACAAAAGAUUAUCCGCUGUAUUGGUUAGAAAUUGUAAAUUACCAGUAAAAAUGAUAAGAAAUUACAUUGAUGAAUUGCCUUCAUAAAUAAAGUGCUUUAUGGAAGGCAAACAAAUAAGAUCAAUGACUGUACUGUGCAACAAAUCAUUUACAACUCACUAAAGCACAAAAACAUUACUGAUGUUUGAUCUGAAGGCAGGAUCCCCUUUUUUCUUACCACUGAGGAACACAUACACUUAUUGCAAUUCUAUCACUAAUAACUGCAGUUCAUGAGAAUUGAAUAACUGCUUUACAUGAUGUAUUACUGUAGCUUCAGCUGUUGACAUAGACUUAGAAGUUUAAAUACAGUCCAGUGUGUUAAUACUAUGCAUGUAAUGUGAGGUUAUAAUAUGAUUAUAAAUGUUUGGGCAAUGGCUGGGGUUGACAGCAAACAAAAGCUUUCGGAUAUAAAGAUACAGCUUUAGUGCAUUUAUGAUAUUAAUAAAAUGCCUCCCUGAUUUCUGCUUGAGGCAAAUGUACAGCUCUAUCCAGUGGCCAAGUACAUUUAAAGGAAACUUAAAACCAAUGACAAAGAGAAAAACUGUUUAUUUUAGUACCAAAAAACAUUGGUUAGGUUGUAUUGUACUUUGUUAUGUAGAAAUUACUCCUCAUCUAUCCAAUAAAAUUUUUGGGAUUAGUCAUGUGAUCAACCAAGGAAGCAAGCACAAUCUCUGCCACCUGUAGAAGCACAUGGCAUAACAGCAACAUGCUAAGUUCAUUUUUGUGUAUAUAAACAAAAUGUAAAAAAUAUUUUUUAGUUUUUUUAAAUGAUGUGCCAGAGUAGAAUGCAGUUCAGGGAUAGUUUGAAGACAAAUUAUAUUUAAAAAUAUAAGAAAACUGUAUGUCAUUUAUAAAUGACGUUAUGCAACUUUAGUGAAUAUUGUGAGCACAAUCACUGAUGAUUUUGAUUGAGUCUUUUGCCAAAACUAUACACAUUGUGAUCGUCUCUUUUAUAGGUGGAUGUCAAAAGUUUUUUUUUUUUUUUUAUGGCAGGCAGAUUAGCAGUGCUACAGCAGUCCCUGAAAAUAGCAAUGACAGUGAUACUAGUGAUGGUAGUUCAGAUGAGGAAAGAAUAGAAGAUUCCUAAGUUCUGUCUGAAGAGCAAAAUAAUGGCAGAGAGAACACUGAAGAGAGCUUGUCUAGAAUUUGUAAGUGUCAUUGUUUGAAGUUAUGGAUAAAGACCUUUUUUGUGAAAACAAAUAAAAGUUAAUAAAAAAAAUAGAAUCAAAUUAAAUACAUUUACCUUAGAAGGAAGGAUAUUUGCAUAUGCAUUUAUAAAUUAUACAAUACAUUUUCCAUGUAUUAAAAUAAUAUUUUAUUUUGUGUUGGAAUUAUUCUUUUCAUAAAAUUAUUAACCGUAGUUGUCAUGUAUAAAUGACAUUCAUCCCCAAAAAAAGGUCAAAGGUCAAAUAUGUAAUAUUAAGGUAUAAAAUAAAUCCUUGGGUACAAAUAAGUCAAAAUCCAAAUCCUUUUUUUUUGUCAGUUAAUCAUAAUUCAUGCAAUAGAGGGUUAAACUUGGAUCAAGUAGCCCGGGGCAGACUUAAUACUGUUCAUGGGGGUUUUCCAAUUCAAUGCCCUCAGGGCUGUUUUGGUUGUUUAAAUGUCACAUCAUCAUACAGAUAUUAAUAUGUAAAUGUGUUUCUGUCUUAAACACAUGGAUUGACCUAUGCAUUCAGUAAAAAGGGCAUUUAAAAGUAUUAAUCUUUAAAAACAUAUGUAUAAUG